GCAGAGAUCGAGGAGACUUCUUGGAAUAGUUGGAGCUGCUUUGUUUGUUGAAGAGAGUGUUGUUCUGCUGUAUUGUAUUCUGUAUUGUAUUGCUCUUCUCUAUCCACUCUUCUCUGCGGUUGAAUCAUGUCGGUCUAAGUGCUGCUCUACCAUCUCAGCCCAUCAGCGAGCAGCCUGUUUCAACCUCUUCCCCUCGAAGCAAGCAAGUCUUUGCCGCACUCCUGCUCUCCUCUCUUCCGGCUGUGUAUAACCAUCACCAUCUUCCUGCAUGUCCGGAUCGCUGCGCGAGCUCUCAAAAGCCAUCUCGGCAGCUUUUGCGAGCAAAAACCUCUCCGCUCUCUGCGUCGACCGCCCUGAGCUGCCCGAGUCGAUCUCCGCCGCGCUCACCCAAUACUUUUCCAAGCACGAACACGGCGACCCCAACGACGCCCUCAGACUGCACGAUGAUCUCGCGCUCAUCUUCAACACGCGCGUCGCCGAGGCUGAUACCGUCGCCGAAGCCAUGUUUGUGCAGGUCUUGCAGCAAGUCACGCCCGUGCUUAUGGCGAGCAAGGAAAAGACGCAGUAUUGGAUCCAGCAGAUGAUGAUCCUCGCUCUUGACUCCGACUCCAGAUCGCGAGUCAUCGUCGAGGACUCGAGACAGUUUCUGUUCAAUGUCAUGGUCUUUGACGUCUACAACCCCUACGGCGCGGUCUUUCCUGCAGAGUACUACGAAGAACUCUCGACCUCGGUCGCAGACUCUCUCCUGCAAAUCUUCCUCGGUAUCAAGAAACUUCCUGGUCUUGACGCCGCCGAAGACGACCAAGACAACCGCGAGCGCGCCUUCCAGUGCGUGCAAAACGCCGAGCGCGAGCUUCGAAGAUUUGGCAGCCGCCGGCCAAAAGCUCUCUUCACAGUUCUAGACUCCUACUUUAUCCAACCCGAACACCGCAUCUCCGUCCUCAGCCUACUCUGCAGCUUUCUGCAAGCUCAGCCGCCGUACCUGUUUGAGACUCAUGAUUCCCAACUGGUCGAGCAUCUCUAUCAGUGUCUGCUGCAUGACAAAUCGGCGGUUGCAAUGAACCUUGCUUCUACCGCCUUUGUCAUGCUGCUGCCGCAUAUAUGCAGCAUCAUGGGGUCUAUCUUGCCAAAGAUAUUCUCAAUCUACGCCAGGCUGCUAUACUGGGAUGUCUUGUUUAGAAAGAACUACUCGGAAGAGUCGGAUGAGGGUGCGUCUUCGAAAGUGGAUGAGCAGGUGAAUAGCAGCGGCCGGGGUAAUAUCGCGUACGGCGGAGUGUACUAUAACAGCGAACCACAGGACAACAACGUUGGUACGAUUUCUCUGGGCGACACUUCAACCUCUACUACAGACGAGUGGAGGGUACUAGAAGGAGCAGUGGACGACCCAGCCGGAGCAGGCCGGGACUCUUCAGCAGUAAACUACAGCCGUCUGUACACGUUCAUCUACGGCACAUACCCCAUCCACUUCCUCACAUUUAUCACCAACCCCCGCCGGUAUUUCCACAUGGUCCAAGCCACGAUGAGCAAACACAUCGACUUUGACAUCGACGACAUCUCGCGCCGAUCGCAGCACUUAUCACGGCGGCAUCUGCUGCACCCCAAUUUCUUCCGAUACACGUUCGAGACCGAACUCACAGACAAAAACCGCUGGGAGGUAGCCGGUACUGCGGAGGAUAUCGCUGCGUUUUGUAUCACUCUGGAUACCGGCAACAUGGAGAUGCCGGAGAUUCCCGAGCCGGCGGUGAUUUUCCGCGGGUUUCAUGAUCAGGCUGAGCGGGCGUUCAACCAGUCGUUUGAUGGCGGUAAAGAGCUGCAGCAGCCAGUCGAAAAUGCUGCUCCUGGUGAGGAUGCUGCGGUGGAUACGGCAGAGGUGGGAUCGUUUAAUGAUCUCAGUCUUGAUGAUAUCCCGGAAGACAGCUUUCUGUUUGCCGCGGGAGGCGAUACGGCAGCCGUGGUGAGCGGACAACGCGCGUCUGCUAAAUCCUCAGAGCACGGCUCGGUCGGAGCUGGCGCUGUACCUGAAGGAAUCAGCACGUUCAAAUCAAACCCCGGCUCGGUCUCGUCGAUGAGCGCGUCAGGCGACGUGUCGACGACGGCAUCGCAGAUGCAGCACAGACGGAUAGUUGAUAUCGAGUCCAUCCUCGACAGCCAUAAAGACAUCAACAGCCGGGCGAUUUCGCGGCACGGAUCGGAAGACGGAUCGGUUAAUUUCCCGUCGCCGUUGACGAGAGUGAGCAGUGCCGAUCCACCAGCGACUUCGAUUUCGCCUGUCGCGAGCCGCGAGGAGACGUCGUCUUUUCUGGCGGCGCAGAGUAGUGCGUUGUCGCCGAAAGCUUCGGCUGCGAGUGAUGCGCCUGGCACGCCGUCUGGUACUGUUUCCAACCUGUCACUGCAGAUCCGCGACAGUCCGUCUGGAUACAUGCAGCUUUCGCACAGUAUCACCACUGGCUCUGGAGGGUUUGGUGGAGGAGGCAUUCCCAGAGUCGGCGGAGAGGGGUCGGAGAAUAGCGACGAGGCGAAAUUCGUGACUGCGUAUUUCCAGAAGCAGCUGCUGACCUUGCGCAACGAGCUUAACUUUGAACGAUACCUGAAGCAACUACGUCUGCGAAACCUGCGGCGUCUGAAAGAGCAGUACUCUGAGCUCCAGAGAGACGACGCGAGUAUCCAAGGCCUUAUCCUCUCCAACAAUUCCCUGCAUGUCAAGCUGCAGCGACUACAGAACGACGCCAAGAAGCAGCACGCAAACCUGACCAACAUCGCGACCGACCGCGCAAAGUACGCGAACCAGCUGCUGCAAAAGAACCGCGAUUUGCGCGCGGAACGGGAGAUCUGGCGGUCCGAAGAGGAAACGGUGCGGGGCGCGCUCGACGCUUCUAGACGCGAGGUCGAGAUGCUCAAGAAGGACUUUUUGGAUAAAGAGGCUGAGAUCGAGCGGUUGAAUCGCAGCUUGGCAAAGGCGACGGCGAUGGUUGGCGAAGCUGUCGAGUUGCGGGAGAAGUACUCUGAGCUCCGGGCGCGUUUGUUUGAGAAACACGCGCGGGGCGCGGAUCAGGGGACAUUGUCGAUGGAGAACGAGGAGAAAUCGUUUUUGAAGCUGCAGGUUGCAAAGUUGGAGAUGCGGGUGAAGGCUUCUGAGCUCGAGAGCGAGAACGCAAAGAAGGGGUAUGCUGCUCGGGUCGAGGAGUUGGAAGCUGAGUUGAGGAGGGUGCAAAGUAAAGGAAAGUAAAGUAAAGUAAAAGUCUGGAUGGAGUUUUUGUUUGUCUGUAAUAUAUUAUUGUGUGUUUUCUUUACAAGUUUAUUGUUUAUAGUUGAAUAAUCAGUAGUUUUAAUAGGAAAUUCUGUGAAUAUUUACAC